GACUUUCUUAGGCGGGCCCAAAACAUUUCCAAAGAAAUCCUUUACAUCCUUAGCAAUUUUUUUUAAUAAAAAAAAAAAAAGAAAGGAGGAAAAAUCCUUUUCAUCAGGAAGAGCAAGGAAAUAUGCAUAUGGUCCCUUUGAAUUUUCUAAAUACGUUAAUUUUAUGCAGCAAAUAAUAUUAUAUAGAUACGGUGUAAGAUGUUUGAAAGACUGCAUUUGUGGAGAUUCGCUCACUGGGUUUCUCUUCUGUUUUUGGUCAUUGCUUUCUUCUUCUCCUUCUACAGUUACCCAUCUCCUUGUUCUGAAGAUAUGACUCAAGAAAUCCCCAAAUCAAUAUAUGAUUUCACAAUCAAGGAUAUCAGCGGAAAUGACGUAAGCUUGAGCGAGUACAAAGGGAAGGUUCUUCUGAUAGUGAAUGUUGCUUCAAAAUGUGGUCUAACACAGUCAAACUACAAGGAAUUAAACGUUCUGUAUGAAAAAUACAAAAACCAAGGGUUUGAGAUUUUAGCAUUUCCCUGCAACCAGUUUGCAGGACAGGAACCUGGAAGCAAUGAGGAGAUCCAGGAAGUUGCAUGCACUAUGUUUAAAGCAGAAUUCCCAAUAUUUGACAAGGUUGAGGUGAAUGGGAAGAAUGCUUCACCCCUCUACAAGUUCCUGAAAUCUGAGAAGGGCGGGAUGUUUAUUGAUGCAAUCAAAUGGAACUUUACAAAGUUUCUAGUGGACAAAGAAGGAAAGGUUGUGGAGAGAUUUGCUCCCACCACCUCUCCCCUUAAAAUUGAGAAAGACAUUCAGAACCUGUUGGGAUCAUCUUGAACACUAGCAUCUGGAGGUUUCAUGGACUACAGGCAUUCCUAGCAUCCUGUGUGUGUGUUUAGUUAUGGUUUUGUGUAAUUAAGCUGCUUGCUUCUGCGAUAUGAAAUCAUUUUCUUGUGUCUACUAUUGCCUUUGCUCGGAUUUAAAUCUCUCUCUCUCUCUCUCUCUCAUACUUCAUAUAUAUUUUUUUAAUGUUGUUUGAAAGUUUGGUGACUAAUUUGAGUAAAUACAGAUUUUUGUGCCUAUUGUGUGAAUGUUUAUUCAUAUAAUUCUCAUUCCAACAUUAAUAAAACACAACUUUUGUCUA